AUGAAGGAGCUGGGCAAGAAAGGGACCGCCGCUCGCGGGAAUAGUGACGCGCACGCCGAGUCGACCGCGCGGGGAGAGCGCCACAUACUCGAGGACAUCGCUCGCGAGGUCAAGGCGUCCGUUCGGAGCGUGACCGCGGCGGUGGGCCUGCUCGAUGACGGGGCUACGGUCCCGUUCGUGGCCCGGUAUCGCACGGGCGCGACGGGCGGGCUCACGGACGCCCAGCUGCGGGACGUCGAGCGCCUCUUGAAGGCUGCAAGGUCGCUCGAGGCCAAGAAGCAAGAAGCGAUCCAGGCAAUAUCGAAACAGGGGAAGCUCACGCGGCAGUUGGAGGCCGCGAUCCGCGAGGCGCCGUCGAAGGCCGCCGUCGUGGACCUCCAGGCACCGUAUAGGGAGAGACGGCGGACGAAGGCGUAUCAGGCGACGGAGCGUGGGCUGGCGCCUCUGGCGGAGGCCUUCCUGAGGCCGCCGGGGCCGUCGCCGCCGUGGCCGGAGAAGCUCGCGAAGGCGUACGUGGGCCGGGGGGGCGUCGCGUCCGUCGCGGAGGCGCUCAAGGGCGCGAAGGACAUCCUCGUGGAGAUGGCGAGCGAGAGCGCUGAGGCGCGAGCCGCGGGGCGCAAGGCACUGUGGCCCUCCGGCGUCCUGUCGUGCGCCCAGGUCAAGCAAAGGGACGCCGCGCAGCAGGCCGAAGCUGGCCGCGGCGACGCGGCGCACAAGUACCGCGAGUACGUGGCGUUCAGAGCGCCCCUGUCGUCCCUGCGCGGCCACCAGAUCCUAGCCAUCAAUCGCGGCGAGUCCGCAGGCCACAUCAAAGCGAAGAUCGAGUUCCCCACGGACACCAUCGCUGCCACUGCGUUCCGGGCGCUCACGAGGGUGGAUCCCGGCUCCGAGGCGAACGGACGCGCACCGCUGCCCGCGAGCUACCGGGACGUCGUCAUGGAGGCUGUCAGCGCCGCCGUGUCGUCGCGCAUCGUGCCAUCGCUCGUCCGCGAAGCGCGGUCGGCCUUGAAGGAGCGCGCCUGCCACGAGGCCGCGGCAGUGUUCGGCGCGAACGCCAGGGCGCUGCUGCUGCAGCCACCGCUGCCGCGCCGCGUCGUCCUCGGCAUCGAUCCCGGCUUCAAGUCCGGUUGCAAGACUGCCGCUAUCUCGCCGACGGGGGAGGUCCUCGAUGUGGGCACGUUCAGCCUGGUGUUCGGUCCCAGUGCGCAGCGAGAGCGCGCACUCGAGGACGUGCUCCGCGUGGUGCGCGCGCGCGGGGUGUCGGCGGUGGCGAUCGGCAACGGAACGGCGUCGCGCGAGGUGGAGGCGGUGCUCGCCCCGGCGCUCGAGGCGCUGAAGCGCGAGCCGGGGUUCGCGUCGCUCGGAUGGUGCGUCGUCAGCGAGGCGGGCGCGAGCGUGUGGAGCGCGUCGGAAGGUGCGUCGCAGGAGCUGCCGCACAUGACCGCGUCGCUGCGCGGCGCCGUGUCGAUCGCGCGGAGGCUGCAGGACCCGAUGGCGGAGCUGGUGAAAGUCGACGUGACGUCGCUCGGCGUGGGGGAGUACCAGAAAGACCUCCCGAGACCCCUCCUGAGCCAGCAGCUCGCUGCGGUGGUCGAGAGCGCCGUCAGCGAGGUGGGCGCGGACGCCAACACCGCGUCGCCCGCGCUCCUCGCGUACGUCGCCGGCGUCGGCCCGAAGCUCGCGCGGACCAUCGUGGCGCACCGCGACGAGCGGGGCCCGUUCCGGCGCCGGAGCGACCUGCGUGCGGUGCCGGGCGUUGGGCCGAAAACGUUCGAGCAGCUGGCGGGCUUCGUGCGCGUCCGUGACUCCGAGAACGCUCUGGACAACUCGGCGGUGCAUCCCGAGAGCUACGCGCUGGCGUGCGAGCUGGUCGCGAGGGCGGGCGGGCGGGCGGAGGGCGGCGCGGUGGCUGCGUCGGUGCUGGACGCCGUCAGGCCGGCUCUCGCCAAGAUGCUGGACGAGGCGGGGGCGGGGCGCGCGGCGAGCGAGGGGACGGACGCUGCGACGGCGCGGCAGGUGCUCGAGGCCCUGGUGCGGGGCGGUGCGGACGUGCGUGGCGACGUGCCCGCGGGCACGCUGCGGGGGUCCGCGCCGGGGAAGCUGGAGGACGUGCGCGUCGGGGACGUGGUGCGGGGCACGGUGAGGAACGUGGCGACGUUCGGGGCGUUCGUAGACGUCGGAGCGGCCUCGAACGGCCUGUUGCACGUGUCGCAGCUGCGCAGGCUCAAGCGGGCGGCCAGGGAGGCGGAUCCGUGGCAGCUGGUGGCUGUCGGGGACCAGCUGGAGCUCGAGGUGGUGUCGGUGGACGCAGCGCGCGGACGGCUGGGGCUGGGGCCGGUCGGGGGGGUGCCGCGCGGGGCGAAACGCAGUGCAGAGGCGUCUGACGGGCCGCGCGGGAAGCGGCGGAGGGUGUGA